CGUGGCAAUAAGAUGUUCUCCAUCUAAAAGAUGAAGGUAGAAAGUGUGUGUGACUGAUGUGGAUGUGACUUCUGCAGCAUGGAUCAGAGUGAGGACCGAGAGGAGGGAGUCCCUCCCUCUAAAAGCUCUCUGUGUGGGGAACAUGACAGCCAGACCAAGGCUCAGAGCCUAGAGCAGCAGUACAGACCAGACUCUACUGGACCUGGACCAGGACCCAGCUGUGUGUCCUUCAAGAGCGACCAGUCACCUGAUUUUAAACCGCAUUCAUGUGAUCAAAAGAUCUAUCAGAGACCAGACUCUACUGAACCUGACCCUGGACCUGGACCUGAACCCAGCUGUGUGUCCCUCAAGAGCAACUGGUCAAAGGAUUUUGAUAUUAAUUUUAAACAACAUUCUGACAAAAAUACCAGGAUCCAGAGACCAGACUCUCAUGAACCUGAUCCUGAACCCAGCUCUGUGUCCUUGAAGAGUGACAGUUCAAAGGAUUUCGUUACUAAUUUUAAACGACAUUCAUUCGAAGUGGACCAGGAGAGCUCAGAGGUUCCCAGUGGUCAGUCUGCCCAGCAGCGUCAAACACACCUGGACUCCAUAUUUAUGCUGCUGGAGGAGAACAUCGUCACUUUUGUGAAGAACGAGCUGAAGAAGAUGCAGAAGGUUCUGAGUCCAGAUUACCCAGAAUGCUUAGAGAGCCAGAGGGAGGAUGAGGAGGAUCUGGACAGUGAGGAGGAAGAGCAGAAGAGAAACAGCAGAGACGCAUUUAUGAAGGUCACACUGCACUUCCUGAGGAGAAUGAAGCAGGAGGAGCUGGCUGACCGUCUAGAGAGCAGAAGUCCUGCAGGUUGUCAGUCUAAAGUCAAAUCUCGCCUGAGUAAAAAGUUCCAGUGUCUGUUUGAAGGGAUCGCUAAAGCAGGAAACCCAACCCCUCUAAAUCAGAUCUACACACCGCUCUACAUCACAGAGGGAGGGACUGCAGAGGUCAAUGAUGAACAUGAGGUCAGACAGAUUGAAACAGCAUCCAGGAAACCAGUCAAACCAGAAACAACAAUCAGACAUGAAGACAUCUUUAAAGCCUCACCUGGAAGAGAUGAACCAAUCAGAACAGUGAUGACAAAGGGAGUGGCUGGCAUUGGGAAAACAGUCUUAACACAGAAGUUCACUCUGGACUGGGCUGAAGACAAAGCCAACCAGGACAUACACUUCACAUUUCCAUUCACUUUCAGAGAGCUGAAUGUGCUGAAAGGGAAAAAGUACAGCUUGGUGGAACUUGUUCAUCACUUCUUUACUGAAACCAAAGAAGCAGGAAUCUGCAGGUUUGAAGAGUUCCAGGUUGUGUUCAUCUUUGACGGUCUGGAUGAGUGUCGACUUCCUCUGGACUUCCACGACACUGAAAUCCUGACUGAUGUUACAGAGUCCACCUCAGUGGAUGUGCUGCUGACAAACCUCAUCAGGGGGAAACUGCUUCCCUCUGCUCGCCUCUGGAUAACCACACGACCUGCAGCAGCCAAUCAGAUCCCUCCUGAGUGUGUCAGCAUGGUGACAGAGGUCAGAGGGUUCACUGACCCACAGAAGGAGGAGUACUUCAAGAAGAGAUCCGGAGAUAAGGAGCAGGCCAGCACCAUCAUCUCCCACAUCAAGACAUCACGAAGCCUCCACAUCAUGUGCCACAUCCCAGUCUUCUGCUGGAUCACUGCUACAGUUCUGGAGGAUGUGUUGAAAAGCAGAGAGGGAGGAGAGCUGCCCAAGACCCUGACUGAGAUGUACAUCCACUUCCUGGUGGUUCAGACAAAAGUGAAGAACAUCAAGUAUCAUGGAGGAGCUGAGACAGAUCCACACUGGAGUCCAGAGAACAGGAAGAUGAUUGUGUCUCUGGGAAAACUGGCUUUUGAGCAGCUGCAGAAAGGCAACCUGAUCUUCUAUGAAUCAGACCUGACAGAAUGUGGCAUCGAUAUCAGAGCAGCCUCAGUGUGCUCAGGAGUGUUCACACAGGUCUUUAAAGAGGAGAGAGGGCUGUACCAGGACAAGGUGUUCUGCUUCAUCCAUCUGAGCGUUCAGGAGUUUCUGGCUGCUCUUCACGUUCAUCUGACAUUCAUCAAGUCUGGAGUCAAUCUGCUGGCAGAAGAACAAACAUCAUCCCAGAAGUCUGAAUCUAAACAAGAAUCUUCAAUGACACAUUUCUACCAGAGUGCUGUGGAUGAGGCUUUACAGAGUCCAAAUGGACACCUGGACUUGUUCCUCCGCUUCCUCCUGGGUCUUUCACUGCAGACCAGUCAGACUCUCCUACGAGGUCUGCUGACAGAGACAGGAAGUAGUUCAAAGAUCAAUCAGAAAACAGUUGAAUACAUCAAGAAGAAGAUCGGUGAGAAUCUGUCUGCAGAGAGAAGCAUCAAUCUGUUCCACUGUCUGAAUGAACUGAAUGAUCGUUCUCUAGUGGAGGAGAUCCAACAGUUCCUUAGACCAGGAAGUCUCUCCACAGAUGAACUGUCUCCUGCUCAGUGGUCAGCUCUGGUCUUCAUCUUACUGUCAUCAGAAAAAGAGCUGGAUGUGUUUGACCUGAAGAAAUACUCCGCUUCAGAGGAAGCUCUUCUGAGGCUGCUGCCAGUGGUCAAAGCCUCCAAAAAAGCUCUGCUGAGUGAUUGUAACCUCUCAGAGAGAAGCUGUACAGCUCUGACUUCAGUUCUCAGCUCUGAAUCCUCUAGUCUGAGAGAAUUGGACCUGAGUAACAACAACCUGCAGGAUUCAGGAGUGAAGCAGUUGUCUGCUGGAAUGGAGAGUCCCCAUUGUACUCUGGAAACUCUUAGGCUGGGAGGAUGUCUGAUCACAGAGGAAGGCUGUGCUUCUCUGGACUCAGCUCUGAGCUCCAACCCCUCCCAUCUGAGAGAGCUGGACCUGAGCUACAAUCAUCCAGGAGACUCAGGAGAGAAGCUGCUGUCUGCUCGACUGAAGGAUCCACACUGGAGACUGGACACUCUCAGGGUGCAGCCUGCUGGAGUACGAUGGUUAACCCCAGGUCUGAGGAGGUAUGUCUGUGAACUCACACUGGAUCCAAACACAGUGAACAGAAAUGUCAAACUGUCUGACAGCAGCAGGACAGCAACAUAUGUGGAGGAGGUUCAGUCAUAUCCUGAUCAUCCAGACAGAUUUGACUGCAGGCCUCAACUGCUGUGUAAAAAUGAUCUGACUGGUCGCUGUUACUGGGAGGUCGAGUGGCGAGGAGGAGUUCAUAUAGCAGUGACUUACAGAGGAAUCGGCAGGAGAGGAGACAGUGAUGACUGCAAGUUUGGAAUGAACAAUCAGUCCUGGACUCUGGAUUGUUGUGAUACUGGUUACUUUGUCUGGCACAAUAACAGAAGAAAAUCCAUCUUCUCCUCCUCCUCUUCUAUCUCUAACAGAGUAGCAGUGUAUGUGGACUGUCCUGCUGGCACUCUGUCCUUCUACAGAGUCUCCUCUGACACACUGAUCCACCUCCACACCUUCAACACCACAUUCACUGAACCUCUGUGUGCUGGGUUUAGGUUCUGGUCUGGCCGGUUUGGUUCCUUAAUGUCUCUGUGUUCUCUGUAG